AUAUCAAAACCACAACCAGCAACCCAGUUACCCGGUUUCAUUGGCAAGUUAUCUGCCCGGUAUGCCACUUUACGCGCCUUCGUACGCGAACCCGAGAACUUUGUCCAGCUGGAUGGUUGGUAUGCCUUCAAACACGUCGUUGAAUGCCAGACCGAAGCGAAAACAUGCUCGUAAAAAUUCGCUAUAUUCUGUACGACAUCACAGACCCAAGCAACCGUCCUUUUCAUCAUCCUCCGCAGGGCCAAUACAGCAGCAGCACGUUUCGCUUAGCGCCUUUGCAUCAUCACUAAAUAACACAACACCAUCCGCACUUCCAUCACCUCAACCACAACUCCAAAGCAAAAGCACACCGCUCCUUACGUUCAGUAGCAGCACCGACACCACAGGAAGAGGGGCAGACGACGAAGAUAACGGCACUGACGCUCCCCUCCUACUCUUGAACGAUAAGUUCAAGCCUAAAUCACAAAAGUUGUUAUGUCUAUGGCCCUUGCCUGUGAUUACUCGAUACAUCAUCGGCAUAUCGCUCAUUGUCUCGGCACUCAACUUUUUGGGCUUCUUCCACCUAAAGUGCUCCUCUCCUUCGUUCGUGAUCCACCGACUCGAAAUUGCCAAUCUCUUGCUGUCGCCCUUUCUUUUCACCGGCUCGCUCCACACGUUCUUUUUGUUUGCAUGGAACAUUUUAAUUCUCGGGCUGUUUGAAGAAUCUUUGGCACACAUGUUGGGCGGCACCCGCAGAUUCGUCAAAGUAUUGGUUGGCAUCAUACUUUCCGUUUGCAUGAUCAGACAAGGAAUCGGUUACCUUUUUUCGAAAUCAACCGGAUUUGCAGUUCCUUCUCUGUUCUUCAGUGACUCGUUGCACGAAUGUAACCAAGGCCUUGCACCAUUCCUUUUUGCAUUGCUUAUUGUACAGUCGCUGAGCAUCGGUGACAAAUAUAUCCUGAUGUAUGGCCCGGAGGAUUCAAACCAAAAGAUCACGGUAUGCAAGGUAGCACUUCAGCUACUCAUGUGUCUACUCAACUACACUGUCAAGAACAUCCUAUGGUGGUCGUUGACUGGCCUGUUGACGGGCUACAUCAUGACGAUUGUUAUCCAGACGUGUCUUGCUCGCGAGCGUACAUGGCUCGACGAACGGCCAGAAGAAAAUGAUGAAGAAGAUAAGCAAGAAAAACAACUCUCGUUUCUUGUUGGCCAGCAACGACAGCAACAACAACAACGAGAAAAGGAAAAGACGACGACGGCGAUGGACGAACCAUUUGUAUACCACCGACGAAUGCCCUUCUGGCGUGUUCUAUUGUCUGCUGUCAAAAAGGGUGCCAUUGUAGUCAUGAUCACGUUGCCUGUCUUGCUCAUGUGCAACGCCUAUUAUACCCGGGAAACCUUUGUCGAUCCAACUGUGUUGAAUCAGGUGACCCACGAUCGCUAUAUGUUCACUUUUGUCGUCAUGACCGCACCUCGCCGUGGAGAUCCGGCCUAUCUCUCCCGCACCUUGGAAUCCUACCUUGCCAAUUGGCCUGCGGAUCCGGUUCCUGGAUCAUUGUACGAUCGAGUCCAGGGUUUGGUGUACACGCACUUCACCAAUCACACCCAGUACGACGUCGCCAAGAACCGAUUCUCGAAUGAUCUCAAGGGCCAGCGCUAUCUCAAGUGGGUUCGUGAAGACGGCGACAUGUUUGACCAGCGGUUGCAUGUCAGCAAGGCCCUGAGUCUCGCCGCCGAUAACUAUCAGAGCACAUAUAUUGCUCUCUUGGAAGACGAUUUUCCCGUCUGCGGUGAAAACGAAUGGCGUCAGAUUGAAAAUGUCGUAUAUGCCGCUAACCAGCGUGUCCCUGGGCACUGUGGCGUGUUUGUUGGUACCGGUGGCAGGUAAGCUAUCUAUCAGGCCACUUGUUCUAUCAAAAAAGGGGAAGCAGAGGUACUGAUCCUUUAUAUGCUGCCUUUCUCCUCUAUGAAAUGAAACAGUGGAUUGUUCAUGAAGCCCA